AAGUCCGUCUUUCCAGGGGGAACGCUGUACGUACAGUUCAUAAUUGGACAGCAGCACAUUAAAAGUGAAUGUACUGUGGGGAUUAAUGAGAAAACAUCGGAACGUAUGAAGGCAGGCAGGAUGAAUGUGGAGACUCUGAGUAAGGCGGAGCUGCUGAUGCUGCUCAGCAUCCUGGAGGGAGAGUUGGAGGCUCAGGACCUCGUCAUACACACACUCAGGGCACAGCACAGAGAUGCAUUUGUGCAGGAGCGCUAUGGACAGUAUGACCUCAGUGACCCCUUCCUGGCCCUGCAGAGGGACAGCGAGGUGCUGCAGGGUCGAGAGCAGGGUCAGCCUCAGGAUCACAGCCAAAGCGUCAGAGCCCAUGUCAGUCCAAACCCGCUGGCCGUGCUGAAGCUGGUGAUGACCCACUGCAAGCGCAUGCAGGAGAGAAUGAUGGCACAGUUGGCAGCUGCUGAGAGCAGACACAGACGGGUCAUCGCUGAUCUGGAGGAAGAGAAACGGCGCCAUGCCCAAGAUACAGCAGAGGGUGAUGAUGUCACAUACAUGCUGGAGAAGGAAAGAGAGAGACUACUGCAGCAGCUGGAGUUCGAGCGCGCACGGGCAGAGCGUCUGGAGCGUGAGCAGCAAACUGCAUCUGGUCAGGCACAGGAGGACCUGGCCCAGCAGCAGCAGCUCUCAUCUGCUCUGGCUAAAGAAUGCCAGCGGGCCAGUGCCCGCGCCCAGGAGGAGAGUCAGCGUGUGGCCCAGCUGUGCGAGCAGCUAGAGGAGGAGCGUAGGGCCACUCAGACCCUGCGAGGGGAGCUGGAGGCAGAGCAGGCUCAUGCCCGUCAGACAGAGGCCCGUGCUGAAAGGCAGUUGGCCGAGUUCGACACAGAGCAGGAGCAGCUGAGGCAGAAGCUGCGUAAAGAGGAAAAGCGAAGCAAAGAACUACAGGAGCUGAUAGAGAGCUUGAAGCAGGAGCUGCAGGAGAUGAAGGAGAGGGAGAAAGAAUGGAGAGCAAAAGAGGAGGAGGUGAAGAAGGUGAAGGAAACCCCAGCUAAAGCCACUUUGACCUCUGCUGCCUGCCAGACCGAAAUGGAUGGAAAAGCAGCUGUUGUGGAACAGUCUCAGCGACCAAGGUUCAAUGGCUGCCUACUACGUAAAGAGAGUGACUCUUCAGUGGAGGAGAAGAGUGCAGAAAAUGGAGGGCUGGAGAACGGAGGAGGGACACUGAGCUCCCCUGUCCAGGCGCAGCAGUCUCUGUCCCCCAGCGGGACAGCUUGCUCGUCUCUCUCCUCCUCACCCUGUUCCUCGCCUGUGCUGGCCAAGCGGCUGGCCUCACUGGGCUCCUGCAGCCCCACCUACCCCUCGUCCUACCAGGCCAGCGUCAACCAGCGUUUCCAUGCUGCCCGCCACAAGUUCCAGCAGCAGGCCGAGCAAGAGCAACAUCUGCAACAUCAGCCUCACUCACCUCGUGACCUUUCACCCACCACUACUCCUCCACCUCCACCUGAGAACCCUACAGCCAAGCAGAUCGCCCGCAACACUGUCACACAGGUGCUGUCACGAUUCACCAGCCAAGCAGCAGGUAAACUGCCCCCUCCCAACAACUCACCAUUCGGCACGGACUACCGCACUCUGGCAGCAUCUUCUUCUUCUUCUUCACCCACAGGGAAAGGGCCAGGCCCCCUGUCACCCGGCAUCCGCUCACCCAUCAUCUCUAGAAGCCACCCGCCCCCCAUACCCCCAAAGAAGCCUGGGAUGAACCAGUCUCCAGGAUCCCCUGUCCCCUCCACCCGUGGCAGCAACUUUCCGGAGCUGUCCGUGAGCUGCGGCAUCACCAGCACGCAGGAGGGUUCUAAAGAGCUGGACCUGGUCAUGUCCUCCUCAAGCUAACUACUAACCGCACUCAAUCAACAGUCCAGACCAAAUUAAAGGGCCUAAUCAACAUAGUGCCCUUGGGACUUUCUCCUCGUCUAGUCCAUAAGCCCUUCCACAGAGGUGUGAUUACAAAGCACUGAAAGGGUGGUUAAUUGUUGCAGCUUGCAUUCCUUUUACUCUGCAAACCUAAGCAAGUAAAACCAUUCGCAGAGCUGGAGGAGAGACAUUUAGAAGCCCAAGUCCAGAACUAUGCUUCUCUAUCUAUGAAACUGA